GCAAACGCAUAAACAGCGGCGAAAAAGACUGAGUAGGAUGGCAGCGCAGCGUAUUGUAUGGACACAAGCGAUGGAGGCACAACUGGUUGAACUUUGGCAAGCUCACCCGAGCCUUUUUGAUGUGGCUUCAAAAAAUUACCAUGACCGCAACAAACGUGACAGGGGUUGGAUGGAGAUUGCUGCCCAAUUGCAGCUUCCUGUGAAUGAGGUGAAAACCCGGGUUGCAUCACUUCGGACGCAGUAUGGCAAACUGCUCAAACCGAAACCUAGUGGCAGUGGCCAGAAACCACCAACUCCCAAACAGACCUGGAUCUUAAAACAUUUGGAUUUCUUGAGGGCACAUGUUGUCCAUAGACAGACUGAGUCCACUCUGAGACUUGGAACAGAGUCAGAGGACAUAGGCGCAACAGAGGAGGGAGAUGAGGAUCAGUCCACUAUGGGAAUUGAAGCAGAUGUCUUUAUGUCUUCAAACACCACUAGCCCAGUUUCAGUGAGCCAGGAAGAGGAAAACACCUCAAACAGUCCACCAAUCUCAGAGUCCAAAGGUCGGCUUAAAAGACAUAGAGUGCAAAAAUAUGCACCAAAAUCAGCAGAGCACAGCAUUGAGAUGACCAAACUUUCCCUGCUUCAGCAGGUCCAGCAAACGCUAUCAGCAUCUAAUGCAGAUUCUGAGGAGCUGUUUGGCCAACAAGUAGCCUCAGAGUUAAGAAACAUUAAGGACAGAGCUCUACAGCUGCGGCUCAAGAGAAACAUUAUGAACAUGAUUUAUGACACACAGGAGGCUGAGCAGGGAGGCCACCAUUCUCAAUUUGCAGGUUCGCAGGUUAGGCCCCCUUGUUAUCCCACCCAACCUCAUCAGGUCCAGCCGCCCCCAGAAUGCCAGGCCCCAUCAACCCAGCCAAUGUCCUUUCUGAAAAUGCUCAACUCUGAGUAACAAACAGUUAUAUCUAAGAAUAUUU